AUGUCAGGAAAGGUCGUGCUGUAUUACUUCGACGGACGAGGGAAAAUGGAGUCCAUUAGGUGGCUGCUGGCCGUUGCUGGUGUUGAGUUCGAAGAGGUGUUUUUGACCACAAGGGCCCAAUAUGAAAAACUGGUGAACGAUGGAGCUCUGCUGUUUCACCAGGUUCCAAUGGUUGAAAUGGACGGAAUGAAGCUGGUGCAGUCAAAGGCCAUCAUGAAUUACAUAGCAGGGAAAUAUAACCUCUAUGGCAAGGACCCUAAAGAGAGGGUCAUGAUUGAUAUGUACGCUGAGGCUGCUCGAGACAUCAUGGACAUGAUCUCGAUGGUGCUCUUUACAUCACCAGACAAUAAAAAGGAUGAACUGGAAAAAGUGCAGGUCAAAGCCAAAGUCCGCACUCUUCCGGCGUUUGAAAAGGCUCUCGGUGCUUCUCAGUUCCUCGUGGGUAACCAGCUGAGCUGUGCUGAUGUCAACUUCUUUGAAGCCUCUCUGAUGCUGGAAGAGGUGUUCCCCACAAUACUGUCAUCCUUCCCCAACAUUCAGGCAUUCCAAAAGAGAAUGAAAGCCAUUCCAGCAAUCAGCAAAUUUCUGCAGCCUGGCAGCCAGAGAAAGCCCUUACCUGAUGACGCCCUUAGGAAAACUGCGAAGGAAGUUCUGAGCCAUUUGUUUAAGUAGGAAACAGUUGAGCACAUUCACAAAACAGUAAAGCACGUAGAUGCCUGGUGGUGCCUUAUGUAAAAGCAGGAUUAAGUGUGGCUACAGAAAUGAUCUUAUAGUAAUAAUAAUUUUCUUUGCGUGUAACACUGAAAGAAUUUAAUGCAUCUGUUUAUACGUUCAGCUACAGGCAGUUCUGAGUUUCAGUGUCAAGUCACACAGAAGCACUGGUUACCUAUAAUGCUUUGAAGAUGAAUAGUACAUUGACAUAAACUGAAAAUGCACAUACUGUGAGUACUAAGGAGUUAAAUUUCCCCACUUGUGAAUUUCCCCGCUGUGGGACUAAUAAAGGAUUAUCUUAUCUCUUAUCUUAAUUCCAGAUGAGUUACUGAAUGGCUUCAUGUACACUGUCAACCCAGCAAGCCAGAUUCAGGAAUAUCUUUACAAUAGCUGUGUUUAAUCAUUUCACUGCAUAAUGUAGUCAAAUAUGAUUGAGAAUGAUUGGGAAUGAGUGACUGUGCAAUAACAGUGUUUAUUACAUUAACUGCAAGUCUUGAUAUGUCUGAAAUAUCUUUGCAUUUCCAGUAAUAAAAAUAUUUCUAGAAACUG